GCUUUUCUGCGGUUGAAAACAUUCUCAAACACUCAGACAAGAGUACAGCUCAAAGGCUCGCUUGCUAAAAUGGCGAGCGACUCGGAGAAGAGUUCGACCUACGAUGAUGUCGAAGAAAUGAAUGAAGGCGAAGCUGCAGCGUACAACUUCAAACAAACUCUCUUCGACCGCAUCCAAGAAAUCCAAGCGACAGGAUCCUAUGCAACUGGCAAUGUUCUUCAAUCCGUUCCAAUUCCAGGCAUCUGCGUGGAUGGCGGCGAGCCUAUUGCCAUUCCGCUCUCAAAAGAAGCAGCUGAAGACCUCGCUAAGAAAAGUGACAAGGCACCCUUCGGCAAGCGCAGACAAACGGUCGUAGACGAGACAGUGAGAAAGACGCUGCAGAUCGGCGCAGAGAGAAUCAGCUUCAAGAACCCACAAUGGAACGCGUUCGUCAACACACUUGUCCAGCGUGUUGUUGAGGAGCUUGGAGUACCACCUGCUCCUAAAGGUCCCACUGUCCAUGCCGAGCUAUACAAGAACCUUCUCUACCCGCCGGGAGCCAUGUUCAAGCCUCACAAAGAUACCGAGAAGGAUCCGCGCAUGUUUGCAACCCUCGUCAUUUGCCUCCCUUCGGAACAUACUGGCGGUACUGUCUGCUUGCAGCACGGGGAUGCUUCAAUAGAAUUACCUACCGCUGAGACGUCGGCGUUCAACUACUACUACCUUGCUUGGUACACAGAUGUCACCCACGAGGCAAGUCAUAUCAAGCCAGUCCAGACAGGAUACCGAUGGGUUCUUACGUAUAACCUCAUCAUGGGUGACAGGAAAUCUUGCCUAUCGGCCUCGACGCUGGAUUCUCAGACCGAAAAUCUAGUACAAGCUCUGUCAUCGUGGGAGAAGCUAGAGUAUAAGCCAGAUUUCCUUCUUUAUCCUCUCGAUCAUCAGUACACACCGAGGAACUUGCGUCUUUCCAGCCUGAAAGGCUUCGAUUACCAACGCGCUCGCUGUCUUGCAGACAGCUGUGACCGGCACGGCGAAUUCAACUUGCUUCUUGCCCAGUACAAUAAGUCCAAGACUUGGGAUAACGAUGAAGGGGGUGAAGAAGACAUGACUCGCAGGACCUAUCUGGACAACGUCUGCAGCCUCGAGGGCUUCGUGCUAUCUAAUGAAACGGUGGACGUACAUAAGUCUACGCUUUUGGUCCCUAUCAACUAUCACGACAGAGACCCGGACUACCGCGCCGGUGGAGAAUAUAUGGGAAAUCAACAUCAAGAGAUGGAGGAAAACUACGAGGAUAUGGUGCUUGUUAUUGUUCGGACAGUAUGCAUUGACGUCCCCCUCUUUGACAGCAAAAACUCUCCUCAAAUUGCGAACAAGGUCAUGACGCAUUUACUGAGGAGUGUCAACGACAACGCCAGGGCGACGCUGCAAACGAUACUUGUUCGUCUCUGGCGCGUCAUCUUGGAUGAGAGGAUUGCCGCCAAAGAGGCGAACGACGUGUACCUUGGUUACGUCGCAGUCACUAGUGCGUCUCUCGGGGAUUGGCCUAUCUUCAAGGAAGCACAAAAGAACACUCGCAAAGCCUGGGACAUGGGCUCCUGGUCCGCACUCGGUGGACUGAUUGAUCUCCAAGAUGGCUCAGUUGACGCAAACGACAUAUAUAAUUGCAUGGUCCAGUGUGAGAACUUGCGUCUUGUUUACCAAUUUCUAACCCGAUUCUACAACGGGUUCUGUUCAUCCAACAUUCGCCGAAAAGACCCAGCAAAGGCGGAGUACUGGAAGCAGUGGUACAGCGACAGCCUGAUUAGGACGCUUAAUGGGUGCAAGAAUUGUACGGGAAAAGAUGACGCUGUUACAAUCAAAGAAAUUAUUUUGGACCUUGAUGUCAAAUACACAUCAUCACAGCAAAAUGAAGUAGACAAGGCAGUCAUGAAUCUUGUUGAUCACUUCAAAGACAACAAGACGUUCGUGAAUGCGCUGACAGUCGAGCUCCUCCUUGUACUAUCGAAGCCGGAUAGUGCCCGGACAGAUUUCCUUCGCCGCGUAUUCGAUGUAAUUUUGGAAGCCGCAAUCUCGACAUUCGACCUUGAACUCUACUAUGCAUACGCCUAUCCUGUGCUAUUCUACCAGGGCUACUCUGACACACUCAUUCGAGAUUUCUACAGCCAGGCAUUGGCGCAUAGCGAGGACUCAGCUUUUGAUCUGUUGCGGCAGUUUUCAAGCCAGGCUUCCAAGGCCAGCAAGGACACAGUGUCGAAGAUUCUAUUGUCGGUGAUGAAACAAUUACUUCCAUCGGUAGAUACAGGUUCCCCAGAGGUGCAGACUUGCUUUCAACUGCUCGUGGAAGCCUACAUUACCCAGACCGUGGGCAAGGAGCCGCUAAAGCCAGAGCCAGAAGACUGGGCUCGCCCGGAGGAAGUGCACGAGUGCUGGUCCGGGUGUGAGAGGUGUCCACAGCUGAACGCCUUCGUCAAGGACCCCAAAGCGAAGGAAGAAACGAUAGCCAUGAGCGACAGUUGCCAAAGACAUCUCAAAUAUUACUUUAAGUAUCUCGAGUUUGAGAAAGGGAACCGCGAGGGUGAAGUCCGUAUCACAAAGACGCUGAGAGGAUGGGAAAGAGGCCACGAAGACUGGGAGUCCAAGGCUAAAAGGGUACAAGAGCAGCUCCGAGACAUGCCAAAAGAGUUGAAAGAAGCACUCGGCGACAAGUACGACACGCUGAUGGCACUCGACCUGAUCAGGAUUGACAGGAGCAUUGCCGAAGAAGGUGGGAUCAGCCAAGCUUCUGACAAGACCCAGCCAUCCACGAGACCGAAACGCUCGCGUGAAAAGGACGCGCAAGACACUGAGCCGAAGAGGACUUCGAAGCGUACGCGACGUGGGGGAGCAGAAGUCGAAGGCUGAGAGAUGGAAAGAAGGCGAAGGGGAAUGGUGACUGACGG